GUUAGUCCCACCGACCUAGAGAGUAAAGACCCCAGGAGGGCAAGGGAGACGGAAAGAGAGAAGCAAAGGAAGGAAGCCCCCUCCCGGUUCUCUUUUCUCCCCGUCGUGCCUCUCUCGUUAUUUCCUAGGUUUCUUUCUUCCCCUCUCAGAGAUCUUGGUCGUGAGAGAGAAGGGGAUGGCGUCGUGGCUGAGCUCUGGAGACGCGAAGGCGUUCAAGUGCCUUCUCGCCCUCGCCCUUGUGUACGGUGCCAUGUCCUACCUCGCCUACACCGUCCUUCACACACGCCACGUCCGCCCUCUCGGAUCCGACGCGCCGCCCGACCGUUUCUCCGAAGCUAGAGCCAUAGAACACAUCCGCCACCUCACCGUCGACAUCGACGGCCGCCAGGAAGGACGGCCGGGACUGGAAGAGGCGGCGAAGUAUAUAAGAGGGCAGCUGGAGGCGUUGGCGGAUCGGGCGGGGCCGAAUUAUCGAGUAGAGAUCGAGGAAACACUUGUUAGCGGUUCUUUCAACAUGAUAUUUUUGCGGCAUAGCAUAUCAUGUGCCUAUAGGAGUCAUAAGAAUGUUCUUAUGAGGGUUUCAUCAAAUUUUUCAAAUGACCUUGAUCCAUCUGUUUUAGUGAAUGGACAUUUUGAUAGUCCACUUGGGUCUCCUGGUGCAGGCGAUUGUGGUUCUUGUGUUGCAUCAAUGCUUGAAGUAGCACGACUUAUUAUUGAUUCUAACUGGAUUCCACCCCGACCCAUAAUCUUUCUUUUCAAUGGUGCGGAAGAACUCUUUCUUUUGGGUUCUCAUGGCUUUGUCAAGACGCAUAAAUGGAGCAAUAUAGUUGGUGCUUUUAUAAAUAUUGAAGCAUCUGGAACUGGUGGUCUUGAUUUGGUUUGUCAAUCUGGACCUGGGUCUUGGCCUUCACAUGUAUAUGCUCAAUCUGCACAGUAUCCAAUGGCAAAUAGUGCAGCACAGGAUGCAUUUGGCAUUAUCCCUGGCGAUACAGAUUAUAGAAUGUUUGCUGAAGAUUAUGGCGAUAUUCCAGGACUGGAUAUUAUCUUUGUCCUUGGUGGUUAUUUCUAUCACACCUCUUACGAUACAUUGGAAAGACUAUUACCUGGAAGCAUCCAAGCACGUGGUGAGAAUUUGUUCAGCCUCAUUGAGGCAUUUGCAAGUUCUUCAAUGGUGUUGAAUGCCAAUGAAAGAACUUUAAAAGUUGCAGAAAAUGGAGCCAAGACUGAUCGGGCUGUCUUUUUCGAUUAUUUGUCUUGGUUUAUGAUAUUUUAUUCCAGAAAGGUAUCCAUGGUACUUCAUGGUCUGCCAUUAGUCAUAUUCCUUCUGAUGCCAUUAUUUCUGCGGCUUCCAGAUUCUGCAAUGCACUGUUGGUUUGCAACCUUCUCUGACUUCUUAAAAGGAAUGUUGUUUCAUGCUAUUGGUGUUGUUCUUGCGAUCAUUUUUCCAGUUGGAUUUGCAGUACUAAGAUUACUUUUCUCAAGCCAUGCGAUGAGUUGGUUUGCUCACCCAUUUUUGGCAUUCUUGAUGUUUGUCCCAAGCGCACUUGUUGGUUUAUUACUUCCAAUGACUAUUUGGGGAUUCUUCCCAAUCUCUCAAGAUACAUCACGUCUCCAAGUGUCAAAAGAUGCUUUAGCUGAUGAGGCACGCUUUUGGGGAGCUUUUGGACUGUAUGCUGUAAUAACUGUCGCUUAUCUACUGGCUGGGUUGAAUGGAGGAUUCUUGACAUAUUUUAUAUCAAUAUCUAUGCUUCUUGCAUGGUUCUCCUUUUAUAUAGUAAGCAGGCACUGUGGUCAUCAAUCACUCAAGUCUUUAGCUGGAUUUGUGGUCCCACUAAUUCCAUGCCUCACAUAUGAUGUCUAUUAUGGUGGGUUUCUAGUCCAAUUCUUGGUUGAGAAGAUGGGUAUGAUGGGAUCUCUUCCACAGCCUUAUGGAUAUUUUGUGCCGGAUGUUAUUGUUGCAGGAGCUAUCGGACUUGUGACUGGAUGGUGUGUGGGUCCUUUAGUACCUGUUGUUGGUCGUUGGUUGGCCAGGUCAUCCAUAUUAAAGUGCUUGAUGCAAGUUACUGUGAUCGCUUUAGCUCUGUCGUCUCAGUUCUUUCCAUACAGUACUGAUGCACCAAAAAGGGUCGUGUUUCAGCACACAUUUAUAACUGCUGAUGCAAAUAAAAUUGUAGACUCAAGCUAUGAAUUUUCUGUAGUUGAUGCAAAUUCAUUGGCUUUUCUUUUCAAGUAUGCACCUGAAGCUGCAAAAAUGCUACAUAUUAGUUCAGAAAUGUCUUUGGAAGAGGGUUAUCAUUCUGACAGUAGCUCUUGGGUGGCACUAUUCCCAGUAUCUUUCUUGUUCUCUGGAAGCUUGAAGUUCCCUGCACAAGCUGAUGAUGUUUCAAAGCAUUACAGACACAUGCCUCACUUAUCUCUUCGUGAGCCAGUUUCAGUUUCUGCAACUGGGCUUCGCAGAGUGCAUCUUGAACUCUAUUUAGGCUCAUUAGAGGAGAUUUGGGUUACGGUCCUUAACAUUACUGGUCCGUUGUCAAAUUGGUCCUUCGCUGAUAAUAGGCUUCCAGCUCCUGAAACAAUCAGUGGUGGGCCACCAUCAUAUAUUUGUAGACUUAGUGGAAGAAGCCACGAGAAUUGGACAUUCUAUUUGGAGGCAAACAGUUCUGAGACUCUGAGAGUUGAUGUUGCGGUGCUCGACCAGCAUCUUCUCCACAAUACAGAGAAAUUGAAAAACCUUUUCCCAAGUUGGGUAGAUGUGACUGCUUUCACCACCUUCCUGUCAAGCUAUUCUUUUAAGGUCAUAUUUUGUUUUCUUAGCAAAUGUAUUCUUGGUCUGAAUAAUUAAUUGUUGUGCAUUAAUCAGACCACAAUAAAUCGUUCUAAUUUUUGAGUCUUUUUCCCAUCCUCAUUGAUGGGCACGUGAAUGGUGAUGAUUUGUAAAUGUCACAUAACUAACUAUAGGUACAUGUAUUUCAUUCUUUGAAAACAUAUAUGUUAAAACACCAAGAGGCUGGGUUCUGGUGGUGGUGGAGUUCUUUGAGAUGGCACCACUUCAGCAUCGCUGCAUCUGGGAUCCAAUUUAAUAGUUUUCUAA